CAACUCAGGAAGUUAGUACCUUUAAGCAAACGGCAACUCAGGAAGUUAGUGCCUUUGAACAACCCGUAAUUCAGGAAAUUAGUGCCUUUGAGCAAACAGCAACUCAGGAAGUUAGUGCCUUCGAACAAACAGCAACUCAGGAAGUUAGUGCCUUCGAACAAACAGCAACUCAGGAAUCUAAUGCUCUUGAACAAACAGCAACCAGAGAAUUUAAUACCCUUAAACAAGCAACGACUCAUGAGCAAAAUACAACACAAGAAUUUAGUGCUCUUGAUAAAUCAGCAGCUCAAAAAGUUAAUGAAAACCCAAUCUCACUAGAAAUUGGCAAUAAUGAUCAGCAGUAUAACUACUAUUCCGAUUAUGACUAUGAUGGCUAUAACAGCUAUUAUCGCAGCAGUAGUAUAAAACAUUAA